GUGGUUGAGACUUGAGAGAGAGAGAGAGCUCUCUCCAAAGCCUCGACUCUUUUCCUUCUUCUUCUUCUCUCUCUCUCCCCCUCUCCCCCUCUUCCGAUCUUUUCGCGAACUGGAUUUGAAAUCAAGGGAUCUUUUGAGGUUACAGAGCGGCUAUGAAUUCAGGGACUCGGGAAUCAGGUCAGGCCGUGCCGACAGCCGAGGAAGAGUUUCUGAAAAGGAAUACGGAUUGUGUUUAUUUCCUUGCAUCGCCUUUGACCUGCAAAAAGGGAAAUGAAUGUGAAUAUCGUCAUAGUGAAGCUGCCAGGAUUAACCCCAGGGAUUGCUGGUACUGGAUGAAUGGCAACUGCUUGAAUCCAAAAUGUGCAUUCCGGCACCCACCACUUGAUGGCUUGAUAGGAACCCCAGGAGCACCUUCAGUAGGACUGUUGUCUAUGCCACCUUCGCAAAAUGUAGCAUUACAACUGCCUCCAGGCCAUACUCCUGCUUAUAGCCUGACUAAACAACCUGUUCCCUGCUAUUACUUCCAGAAGGGGCUUUGUUUGAAGGGUGACAGAUGCAGCUUCAUGCAUGGCCCACAACCCACCAGUGAUUCUUCAGCACAGCAACAAACACCAAAAGCUUCUACAACUGUUUCUGAGCCUCAGGAUCGAAAAAACACUUUUGGGGCCCUCCAAAGGUGUACUCAACAGCAGAUUGCCCUAGAAAACAUUGCAAAUACAGUUCGAGUCCCACCUCCCCCAAAACAAGUUAUGACUAAUGAAACCUCUCUGCCAAAAAACGGUGUUGUUAAGAGAAAUAUACUGCCACUAAAUGCAUUGGAUGAUGAGCGUCUUAAAUAUGUUACAAAAAAUGGUCCUCCUAUUGCCAGUGGGAACUCUGUACCAAGGUCCCAGCAUAGUCGCCAGGCUCAGGCAUUUGAUGAUCGCUUUCCUCAGAAUGGUAAAGAGGCUGAUGAGUUCUUAAGAGAAUUCUCUCCUGGUUUUGAUGUUCUUGUUGAUAAUGGACUCAGGGAUUCUGAUUACUAUCAAACUGAAGAUGAUUACAGAAGAACAGCCAGCCAUGAGGGAAGGCAUAUGAACUCUGGGAAUGAUUUUGAAUAUGACCAUUCAGUUGAUUAUGCUCCGGUUGCUAAAUAUGACCAAAAACCCUAUGAUGAUCCAUAUGGGAAGAUGCAAGAUCAUUAUGCUUUGGAACAGCGAAGGGCUUCAUCUGAGAAGAAAUCAGAAAGGCCAUAUUUGCCCGAAAAGAGAGGGUACCCUAGAGAUGGGAUCCUGGAUCAGAUUGGUGAGUCAGAUCUGCGCCAUCGGCUAUCGAAGCAGAGGAGGGUCAAUGGUUCAAGGUCGGUAGUUAGCCCUGACCGUCGUGGUGACAUCCAUUGGAGGGAUGACCAUGAUCGUCAUAUUCAGGAUCAAAGAUACCGGAAUCACUCUUCUAGAGAUUCACGCCAUAUGCCUCGUGAGAAUUCUAGAAGCAAUCGGCUGCAUUCUCGACUCACGCUUCCUGGGAAAUCUUCACCAGAAAGCAACCAUAAUGACCCGUAUCCAGAGAGGGAAAUGGAUAGAGGAAGGAAUCGUGCCAGAUUGUCACCAGGCAGGCCUUCGAUAUCCCCCCACGAGGGAAGGCACCAAGACAGAAUUAAAUGGCGAGGCCAGGAUGACUUCAGAGAGGCCAGAAAUACUAGAGGGGGGCCCAACGGAAGAGAUGGAGUGGAUAAUAUCACUUUAGGUUUUACUGGUCCAAAAAGUCUUGCUGUGCUGAAAAGUGCAAACGUCUUAGAGAGCAGUGAAAGUCGGCAUGCAAAGGUUCGACAAGUCUCUCCCCUGAACGAGCAGAAGAACCCGAAGAUAGGAAAACCAUUGGGUCAUCAAGAAUCUGAAGGUUCACUUUCUUUUGAGGGCCCCAAGUCUUUGAGUGAGAUUUUGAAGAGAAAGAGAGAAGUAGAAACAGCAUCUUCUGGGAAUAGCACCGUUUCCCGAAAUAGAGAGGUAGAUAGCCCAAGAGAGAGUGGGGAAAUCAUCACAGGCAGCCCUGGGACGUCAGCAGUUGCAGAGACAGAGACUGUUCAGACCUCAGUGCCUGAGAAAGAAGCCAACCAUCAGACUCAGGUGGGUAGUAAGGAAGAAUCUAGGUCUUCAAAUGCUGAUCUAGUUAAAGCUGCUGAAGACAAUGAAGGUCAGAUCUAUGCAGAAGGUGCUGACAUGGUUCACAAAGGUGACUCUUUGGAUGCCCAGAAGGGGACCGAGUUUGAGACGGAAGAUGGAAUGAUGGUUGAUGAUGCGAUGGAAGAUCAAGAAGAUCAAGACCUCGAAAACUUUGAUAACAGGGAUGGAGAGUAUGAUUAUGAGCAGGCUGAUGGUGGGGAUGAUGAAAAUGUGGACCCAGAAGAGUACUUUGAUGAUGAAGAUGGGGAUGACUUUGCAAAGCGGAUUGGUGUCAUGUUUUCUUAGGAUUGUAGUCAUUUUUGGUGUUGCAAGUUCCCAUAGGAGGAUAGGACUUUUAGCUGUUUUUUAUUUGAAAGGCUUGGAAUGGCUGUUUCAACUGAGCCAAUGUAUGAUGCAGCUGUUGUUUUCUGCAAUGCAGCAGUAAGGAAGCCUUUGUUGUAUUAAUCAAAGCCUGUUUUUGUAUUUAACAUUGAGCUAAUGCAAAUUUCUUUCCUUGGGUAGUUGCUCAUGGUGAUGCCCACUAAA